AUGGCACCUCGGCGUGGAAAAGCGGUCGCUCACGCGAAGACCACAACCACUAACAACACUACCAAACCUCCCAAGCUCCCUGCCAAUGACAAAGCUACCGACACUGAUACCGAUCUGUCUGACUACGACUCGGGUAUUGACCAGCCUGCGCCCACCAAUACCAAAGCCACUUCCAAGAAGCGCAAGGCCAAGAAACAAGCCUCCAAGCCACAGGGCAACAAGAAGCAAUUGAAAUAUCUCAAGAGAUAUGGCGAAGCCCCUGAAGCCAAGUCAUUGUUGGAUGAUGCUGAUGAUCAAUACCCUGCUCUCGAUGUCCCCAAUGAUCCCAACCCAUGGGCUGGCAUAACUCAAGUUCGUCAGGACCCAAAGGUCGUCUCUCUUCAUGUCAACAGCAAUGCCGGUGCAAUGGGAACCAUCAACAUCAAUAUUGCAGAUAUUCUCGCUUCUGCUGGCUUGAAGCUGGCUCUCAAUUCAGUUGCCCUUGGUACUCCAGGUGUAGCAUUGGAGAAUGCGCCUUCAGCCUUGUCUAAGAACGACAAGGUUGCGACCACCAAGAACCGCGUCAUCAGAUCCAGUGGCUUUUUGAAGAUUCCAGGAGAGUUGCGUGACAAAAUCUACCGCUUGUUGUUGCUUGGAGACAAGCCUGUCAAUUUCGACAAGCGCACCGGCUUUGGCGGUCGAUCUGUCGCUUUCUUGAGAACCUGCAAGACCAUUGCUGAGGAAGGCACCGACGUCUUGUAUGGCGAGCACUCGUUUCAUUUGGCCCGCACUCCCCAAUUUCGUGGCAAGUUCUUUGAGAAAGACUGGAGUGAGAUUGCAUAUCAAGACAUUCGCCGCUUUCUUGAGACCAUCGGCCCUGUCAACAUCUCCAAGAUGAAGUUCAUCUCGUUCGCCAUGACCGAUGGUCCGAGCCGUUUGACCCAAGCCUUGCCCAAUGUCGAGCAUCUCAGAUUUGCCAAUGAUCCCACUAUGCACCACAUCCUUCGCCUGAUUGGAGACAACGCGAGUUUGACUCGACUUGGUCUUUUGUUCUCCGGUCGCGGCAAGGUCACAGGUGCCGACUUCCACUUUUUGAAUGCUCUCACCGAGAUCAAAUGCAACCAAUUGGACCUUUUCGGCCGUGGAUACCCGGGUGCCGGUGAUCGCUUCCGCGUCGAUCGUCACCUAGUGCCAAAGUUGCGUGAGCUCAUGGUCGUCAAGAGAGAGGAUGACGAGAACAUCGACCUCAAGAAGCAUAUGUCAAAGGUUGAAAUGGUUUACAAAGAUUCGCACAUUUUUGCCACCAAUACCACUUACUUCUACUAG